CGGCCACGGCGGCUCCCGAGUUUGUUUACUUGUGCUUCGCCUCUCGUCGCCGGUGUCUGCUCUCUGCCGGCAUAGCGGAUCGGUGCCGGUGCCCUGCCGGGGGUUUAUGGAGCAUUUUUUACUCUGAAAACAUUGCUGCUAAAAAACUCCAAACAGAAGGAGUAAAUCCACUCAGCUUGUCAGGUCACUGGCUCAGCGUAACGGUGCUUUCAUGAGGUGACGUUGGGCCAAAGUCAACUUUUCUUUCUCCUUUGUGAACCUGCAGCCAAGCAAUGGGCCAGAAAAUCUCAGGGAGCAUAAAGUCUGUGGAUGUGAGGGAGCCCCCUUAUAGACCCGUGAAACGAGAGCUGAGAGGCCCGGAUUUCUGCAAGCCCGCGCGCCUGGACAUGCUGUUGGAUAUGCCCCCUGCCAAGCUGGAGGUCCAGUACAAACACGCCUGGAAUAACGAAGAUCGCUCGUUAAAUAUAUUUGUAAAGGAGGACGACAAACUGACUUUCCACAGACACCCUGUGGCACAGAGCACAGAUUGCAUCCGGGGCAAGGUGGGCUACACGCGGGGCCUGCACGUGUGGCAGAUCCACUGGCCCACGAGGCAGCGCGGGACUCACGCCGUGGUGGGCGUCUCCACGGCCGACGCGCCGCUGCACUCGGUGGGGUACACGUCCUUGGUUGGUAGCAACAAUGAAUCCUGGGGCUGGGAUCUGGGGCGCAACAAACUCUACCACAACUGUAAAAACCAGCCCGGGGUCACGUACCCCGUCUUUUUGGAACCAGAUGAGUCUUUUGUACUCCCAGACUCCUUACUGGUGGUUUUGGAUAUGGAUGAAGGGACGCUUAGCUUCAUGGUCGAUGGACAGUAUCUUGGAGUGGCCUUCAGAGGACUAAAAGGGAAAAAACUUUACCCCAUAGUCAGUGCAGUUUGGGGGCACUGUGAAAUUACAAUGAGAUACAUCAAUGGACUUGACCCGGAACCCCUGCCUUUAAUGGACUUGUGCCGAAGAUCAAUUCGUUUUGCUCUUGGCAGAGACCGCCUGCAUGACAUAGAAAUUCUACCUUUGCCUCUGUCUCUGAAAAAUUAUUUACAGUACCAAUAAGAAAUCUAGAACCCUCUGGCCUCACAUUGGACUUCAUCAAUGCAAAUGGCAGAAAAUUGUUUACAGCAAAAUAUAAAUCUUUGUGAUGGACACUGAAGUGUUAUUUAAUUUUUAAUAUAUGUAUUUUUUUCUGAACCAGUGAAAGCAGAUCACUGUGGGGGACUACUAAAGAAUGUGAAAACAUUGAUUUGAUUGAGGUUCAUGUGUUACCUGUUGCCUUUUGUGUUUACAGUCCUGAAGGCUAUAAUUCUCAUCUCUCAUACACUAAUUGGUUUUUCUUUGUUGCUUCUGGUAAAUGCCAAUAGAAAAUCUGACCUGCAAGAUUCAGUGUCCUGCAGGCAGACCAUUUUUCAAUAUUAUGAUUUUCAUUUUUUGUUCUCUCUCCUACACUUUACUCCAGUAAAAAAAAAAAAAAAUAGCAAAGGAAAAGUCUUGACAGUAACUCCUGAAAAAUAUUUUAACCUUGGUAUGCUGAGUUGUUGAGAGUUCUGCAUGUUCAGUGCUCAACCUAAUUAGGCCUCUAAUAUCUAAAAGCUCUAAUGUUUAAAAAAAGCAGAUUAUUGUCUAAAAGAAGAGAAUGUGGUUUUAAAACAUGAGAGGAAACAAAUGGUUUAUGUGUCAGAUCAGUUUCUGGACUUGUUAACAGUAAGGUGCAGUUCAUUGUUUUCAAGACCAAAUCUAGUCCCUCCAAAGUUCUGCAGUUUAUAACAAAGUGUUCAUUGUCCCAAGAAUUUAGGAUAUUCAUAUUUUAGGAAGCUUGUCACUUUUUUUUUUAAACAAAUUUAUAAUUUUUAUGUGGUAUGAACUCUAAGUACUUUGUUUUCUUUUUAAUGUAUGUGUGGUUAUAAUGUUUAUUUAUCUGUUUAGCGUCUGGAGUUCUCAUUUAAUUGUUUCCCACCUUGGGGUGACUGAUUCUGGUUUUUUCCCCAGCUCCAUCUCAAAUGUAUCAGUUUAUCAGGCUCAUCCUUUUUUUUUUUUAAGAUGCUGCUUUCUGUUUGUGUUUCUUACAUGUUUCAAGUUAUCUGCCUGAAUCAGUAAUCUAGUUUUUAAACUGGAAGUUGUUGUUAGGGCAGAAUGUCAAAUGUUUAGACUGAGCUGCCUUCAGCAUAUUUUAAUGUGAAUUUACUGAUGAAUGAGGAGAAAAUUUCUA